ACACGUUGAGCUAAGUUGUCAAUCAAACUGGCACCAGCCGCUCGACAGCAGAGCCCAAGUUGUUUAUCAUAAAUUCAGGUUAUAAGUUUUAACAUUAUGGACGGGGCCGUGUUGGCUCGUUGCUCUGUAUGGUUUCAGACCGCAGGAAAAUAUGCUGGUUUUUAAUCUGCCAGAUCUCAGUCAGGAAGGAAGCACUUGCGCUGCAAACCUGCAGAUCUGAGCUAACCCAUUUUUAUUUAACUGCUUCACGACGCCUUUUACUGCCCUUUUGGAAAUGAGAACGACGCUAGUCCUGUUGCACGGCAUCUCAUGCUGCUGGUUGGCCAGUGCUACACUUUCAAAAACUGAUGCCAAGAAGUCGCAUAAAGCUGAGGCUGAGACAUCUCCAGCUGAGUUAUCUGUGUUGGAGAGAGGCCUCGUUGUGUCAGACCCGCACUGGAAAGACAUAGUGAAGGAGGAAAAAAGACACUGUGCUCACAUCAAGAAAACAUUUCAGGGACCUGUACUGGGAUAUGUCACACCAUGGAAUUCCCACGGCUAUGACGUUGCCAAAAUGUUUGGCUCCAAAUUGACCUCAUUGUCUCCAGUGUGGCUUCAGCUCCGCCGACGAGGACCUGAGACCUUUGACGUUACGGGACUCCAUGACCAUGACCCAGGAUGGGUCAAAGCUGUACGCAAGUCUAACAAAAAAGUCAGGAUGGUGCCUCGGCUGUUAUUCGAUGGCUGGUCUUACCAGGACUACAUGAUCGUGCUGGGGAGUGAGGAUGAGAUAGAGGAACUGGGAAGUGAGCUGGUGGAUGUUGCAAAGACUGAAGGUUUUGACGGCUUCACCUUGGAGCUGUGGAGCCAACUGGGAGGGAACAAAAGAAAGGAGCUGGUGCAUUUGGUGAAACACAUAUGUGAGGCUUUGAAGGCAAAAAGAUUAGACUGCAUUCUUGUUAUUCCACCUGCUGUCACAAGUUCAGGGCAGCCGGGUAUGUUCGGCAGGGAGGAGUUUGAACAGUUGGCUCCGGUAGUCGAUGGAUUCAGCCUCAUGACAUACGACUAUUCCAGUGGUGCCAGACCUGGCCCAAGUUCUCCCAUGCCCUGGAUAAGAGACUGUGUCCUCCAGCUUGCACCCACCACUCAGUGGAGGCAAAAGAUCCUACUGGGACUCAAUUUGUAUGGCCUUGAUUUUGCAAGUCAGGGAACAGAGCCAAUACUGGGAGGAAGGUACAUUGAGAUUUUGCGAGAACACAGGCCCAAACUUCUCUGGGAUGAAUAUUCUGCAGAGCAUCACUUCAGUUACAAGAGGAACAAUGCAGUUAAACACGUGGUGUACUUUCCAUCACUGAAGUCAAUCUACCUGAGAGUCUCUUUAGCCACUGAGCUGGGUACUGGAAUUUCUUUAUGGGAAUUGGGACAAGGACUGGAUUAUUUCUAUGAUCUCCUAUGAGAGUUGGA